AUAUUCGACUCCGCCGCGCUCCCUCUCCUCUAUAUAUACAUACAUACGAAGAUCGCUCGCCUAUCGAUCCAAACCCGCACGUCGUUCUUCACCGCCGCUGCCUAACGCAGUCCAACGACGAUGCCUCGCCGAAGCUAUGGAGGACGCUCUGGUUCUCGUGCUGCACGUCGAUCAGCUUCACCAAGAGAUCCAAUGCAGACAGCUCGCUCUGCGCCCCCACCAGCUCCUGCUCAAGGAGGAGGAUCGAUGCUUGGAGGAAUUGGUGCCACCAUUGCAGAUGGCAUGGCAUUUGGUGCUGGAAGUGCUAUUGCACGCAGAGCUGUUGAUGCUGUUCUCGGCUGUCCUACUGUUCAACAUGAGAAGGCUGCCUCUCCAGCUGAUUCAGUGAGUGGCCCUACUUCUAAGGGUUCUGAUGCUUGCACUACUCACGUUAAAGCCUUCCAAGAUUGCAUCAACAACUAUGAGAGUGAUAUUAGCAAAUGCCAGUUCUACAUGGACAUGCUGAAUGAGUGUCGCCGGGGUUCUGGAGCUGUUAUGUAGAUGAUGGCUAUUCUACUACUCUGAUCCUAUGUCAAGUAAGGUAGUUUUGUGACUUGGUUAUGCUUGAAGCUACUGGUUGAUAGAUUACUUUAUAGUACAUUGGAAUUGCAAUUAUACUCAGUUCAAGCUUAAAUAGAGAUCUGUGCUGAUAUUGGCAUUA